AUGAAUCCCAAAACAGCUACCGUGGUCCGAGUUCCGCCGGGGACUAACAUUUCCCCCCCGACCCUCGCAGUGCUAAGCCAAAACUUCCGAAAAGCUCGUCUGGCCGCUCUCCAGGCUGAUCCAUCAGCAUUUUCCUCGAGUUAUGAACGAGAAAGCCAAUUUGACGAUGCGGCGUGGGCUCGGCGGCUGCAAAACCCAUUGGCCCAGACUUUCGUGGCGCUUGCUAAAAAUAGGACGUCGCCGGCAGAGGGUUGUGAGGAUGAUCACAUUGACGAUGAUCUAAAGCUCCUCUCAGAUCAUCCAUGGGUGGGAAUGGUUGUUCUUCUGGGCCCUCGGGCGCUUGCAGCGGAUGGAUCUGAAUCAGCUUCCCCAUGGAAAGUAUUUUCUUCGAUGGGGCCAUCUUCGACUUUGGACAUGUCUUCGCUCGUUAGUGGGGAGGCGGCGUACUUUGCCGCAUCGAUGUUUGUUUUGCCAGAAGCACGGAAACAAGGGAUUGGCCGCAGGCUCGUGGUCAAAAGUGUGGAGACAGUUGGAAAGGAUGCUAUGAAUUUUGGGGCCCGGAAGGUCAAUAUCAGUCUUUUAGUGUCUGCAAAUAAUGCACCUGCGAUCAGUUUGUAUCAGAGUUGUGGGUUUGAAGCCUUGGAGGGAGCGCCACAAAUAGAGGAGCUGCAGGAAAAGGACCUUGUGACUGUCGCAAUGGCAAAGACCACUGAACUUGUGACUAUCUAA